AUGAAGUCCAUCGAAAUCGAUCGUCAUCUUUCGUCCGGAAUUUGUAAUGGUUCCAGAAGCCCAGGUGGCUUCGUUAACCGCGGUUUGUUGCGCCGACAAUCCUCACAGUCUGCAAUGUACUUCUUGAUCGUAUGUGCGAUCUGCGCCGGGAUGCUCACCGUAAUUGGUAUCGUGUACUUCAGCGAUGAUGCGAUGUUUGAGUGCCACAAUGUUCGGGACCACGAUACGAGGUUGCUCUACGGCUUGUACUGCUUCUCCGAUAUCCCUCGUGUUACCGACGUUGUCCCACGUCAUUUGAUCGCGCGCAGAAUAUCAUCGAUGAUCUUAUCCUUUGCGUAA